UUCUCAAUGUUGAAAAAAUUUGGGGAUGUGAUAUGUUGAAGUAUGCUUGUACUAUGCCUAAAGCAAUGGAAAAGGAAUGUUUGAUGCUGUUGCCAUGGAGAGGAGAAGAAAAUCAGUUGAAAACUUUCCCUAGUGAGGUUUCAAAGUUGGAAGCGCAGGUGGAAAACGGGGAUUGUUUGCACACUUGCACGUCCCACGCGGGUAGCUUUGGUUAUUCGUUAGCGGUUGUCGGGCGGUCCUAUUCGUGCGACUUGUCAUGAAGGAAACUCACCUAACCAUAACUUCUCUUCAUAAAUCAAUAAAAUCUGAAUUUGAAAGUAAGUUCAAAUUUAUUUUUUGCCAUUAGCAGCUACAGGGGCUGUGAUCCUUGAUCGUCAAGCUGAAGGACUGAUCAGAAUGUAUGACUGCAACGUUCAUCAUACUUUUAUGGCAGGCGCAAUCAAAGCAUUGAAUGGUGUAAAUGGAUCUAUAACUCUCUUUUAUAGCAAUAGAGUUGCAUGGUUUACUUUAUCUGUGAAGACAGCCUUUUAUGAAGGAAGCCAAUUUUAUUGUUCAUCCAAUCGUCCAAUAUUGGCUUCGAUUCAAGAAUCCAUGAUGAGAUAUUGACUCAAAAGUCGGUUAGGUUCAAGAGUAUCGGUUUUUCUUGCAAUUGAGCGAUUCCGGAAAACCCAUAUGCGGGAAUAUAAACUAUUGGUAAUUUGCGGAGAAAUAUGCAGUUCUUGAAUCUGGGUUUGCUACUUUGAGAGAGAAUUCUAGAAGGUGAAUCUUCAUAGAGUAUUGUGAAUAUGCAGUCGAGGGUUGUGCCAUUAGAGGAAGGCAAGGAGUCUCUAGUUUCUAACAAAGUAAACCAAUCGAGAUUACCUUUGAGACUGCUUCAGGUAUUUGGGCUGUUUUUGGUUCUGUGUUUUGCAUUUUCAAUCAUUAGUGUAUACACAAUCCGUCGCUUUGGAAUUGAAGGCGUAGUGACUACUGUAACGUCUAGUGUUGAACCCUACUAUGAAGAACCAGAUAGUUUGCAAAAUUGGAUUAGGCCUCCAUCAAAUCUACUUCAUACAAUGACCGACGAGGAGCUCUUAUGGAGGGCCUCACUUGUUCCCAGAAGAAGGGACUAUCCCUUUAAAAGGGUCCCUAAAAUCGCAUUUAUGUUCUUGAGUAAGGGGCCUAUGCCAUUGGCACCUCUCUGGGAAAGGUUUUUUAAGGGGCACGAAGGGCUAUACUCGGUAUACCUUCAUACACUGCCAUCUUUCCAAGACAAAUUUCCAUCUUGGUCUGUUUUUUACCGGAGACAAAUCCCAAGUCAGGUUUCUGAGUGGGGUAAGAUGAGUAUGUGCGAUGCAGAGAGAAGACUCAUCGCAAAUGCAUUGCUUGAUAUCUCCAAUGAAUGGUUUAUUCUGCUUUCUGAAUCUUGCAUUCCUCUGUAUAAUUUCAGUGUGAUGUACAACUACGUAGUGAAAUCAAGAUAUAGCUUCAUGGGUGCAUUUGAUGACCCCGGUCCUUAUGGGCGGGGGCGGUAUAACGAGAACAUGGCACCUGAGGUGAAGAUAAGCCAGUGGCGUAAAGGAUCCCAGUGGUUCGGCAUUAACCGAAUGAUCGCCAUCAAUAUAGUGGAAGACAAAAAGUACUACCCUAAAUUUGAAGAGUUCUGUAAACCGAGUUGCUACGUGGACGAACAUUAUUUCCCGACCAUGUUAACCAUCGAAGCACCUAGUCUUUUGGCAAAUAGAAGCAUCACUUUGGUGGACUGGUCAAGGGGUGGAGCUCACCCGGCUACAUUUGGACGAGCUGACAUCACAGAAGAGUUUUUCAGAAGAAUGUAUGAAGGUCAGCACUGCCAAUACAAUGAACAGAAGUCAUCAAUUUGCUUUCUGUUUGCAAGGAAAUUUGCUCCAAGCACUUUGGAACCUCUGUUAUCUCUCUCUUCCAAGGUUUUGGGCUAUUAAUACAAAUUCCUAGACUAGUAUGCUUUUGAAAUUCAAAAAAAUUUAGACAGUGGACAAGGAUUCAUACUUGGCACCUUGUUCUUA